AUGUGAUGCAUUGCCAGUGAGCAGUCCACUACGCCGCGAAAUUAUUUACGUAAAUAAAAUAUUUUUCCGAAUUUCAUCUCUAUUUCAAAGACAAUAAAGUUCAGUGAAAUGGCAAAAUUGUUAAGUCAAGAGCUGCCCGAUAUUGAGAAUUUACUCAAAUUAAAUCCUAAGGUCAAGCCAUUUAGUAACUUAGUGCCGUCAGUGGAGACUAAGAAGAAUAAACAACAUUGGAAGCGCAAUUCUGACAGAAAAUGUACCACCGCCUGUUCAACGCUUACGAAAAACUUUGACGACAUCAAACACACCACGCUUUCCGAACGAGGUGCGCUCAAGGAGGCAGCAAGGUGCCUCAAAUGUGCUGAUGCCCCUUGCCAGAAGUCGUGCCCUACCCAGAUCGAUGUCAAGAGUUUUAUCACUAGCAUCGCUAAUCGGAACUAUUAUGGCGCGGCAAAAGCGAUACUAUCUGACAACCCGUUGGGCCUCACCUGCGGCAUGGUGUGUCCCACUAGCGACCUCUGUGUGGGGGGCUGCAAUCUUCACGCGAGUGAAGAGGGAGCCAUUAAUAUAGGGGGCUUACAGCAUUUUGCUGUUGAUGUAUUCAUGAAGAUGGGUAUACCCCAAACCCUAGACCCCAAUACGAAGCCACUCCCCAAGGGUGGUGACCAGAAGAUCGCUCUUGUCGGCGGCGGUCCAGCCAGCAUAAGCUGCGCAUGCUUCCUUGCUAGACUUGGAUAUAAAAACAUCACUGUAUUUGAAAAGGAGAAAUAUCUCGGCGGUCUUAGCUCCUCUGAAAUACCGCAGUACCGUCUGCCAUAUGACGUGGUCCAGUAUGAAGUUGAUCUAGUGAAAAGUUUAGGAGUGAAGUUCGUUACUAAUAGAUCUCUCUCCACUAAAGAUUUAACCGUUGAGGGCCUCCUUAAAGACGGACAUUCGGUUGUAUUUUUGGGAAUAGGUCUCCCCGAACCCAAGAGUAUUCCGAUAUUCAAAAAUCUUAACCAAGAAAUGGGUUUCUAUACCAGCAAAGACUUUUUGCCACUCGUAGCAAAAGGAAGUAAAAAAGGUUUAUGCGCUUGCAAGUCCUCCCUACCCGAGUUACACGGUAAUGUGAUAGUGCUGGGAGCUGGCGACACCGCUUUCGAUUGCGCGACGUCGGCGCUUCGGUGCGGCGCUCGUCGCGUCUAUGUGGUGUUUAGAAAAGGAUUCACAAAUAUUCGCGCUGUUCCUGAGGAGGUCGACUUAGCAAAGGAAGAAAAAUGCGAGUUCGUUCCAUUCAUGUCACCUCGAGAAGUCAUCGUUAAAAAUGGAAAGAUUGCAGCACUUAAAAUGUGUCGCACUGAGCAAUUGGAUGACGGAGAAUGGAUCGAAGAUGAGGAUCAAAUCAUGCAACUGAAAGCUAACUUUAUCAUCUCUGCUUUCGGUUCUGGGCUUUAUGAUACAGAUGUUAAGGAAGCGAUGUCAAGUGUAAAACUAAACCGUUGGGGGUUACCAGAAAUAGACAGUUCAACAAUGCAAAGCGUUAGCAACUCGCAAGUAUUCGUGGGUGGAGACCUCGCGGGAGUUGCUGAAACUACUGUCGAAUCUGUUAACGAUGGCAAAACAGCGGCGUGGCACAUGCACUGUUUUUUACAGAAUAUUCCCCGGGAUGCACCAGUCGAGCUGCCCAAGUUCCACUGUCCCAUCGACGAGGUGGACCUCUCAGUGGAGGUGUGCGGCAUCCGCUUCGAGAACCCGUUCGGGCUGGCGAGCGCGCCGCCCACCACCAGCUCCGCGAUGAUCCGCCGCGCCUUCCAGCAGGGCUGGGGGUUCGCUGUCACUAAAACUUUUGGCUUAGAUAAGGAUUUGGUUACUAAUGUAUCCCCACGUAUCGUGCGCGGAGCAACUUCUGGCGAGAAUUAUGGACCUGGUCAAGGUUCCUUCCUCAACAUCGAGCUGAUUUCCGAGAAAUGCGAAGCCUACUGGUGUCAGAGUAUUACAGAGCUGAAGAAAGAUUUCCCUACUAAAGUAAUAAUAGCAUCAAUAAUGUGUUCAUUCAACGAAGCUGAUUGGACAGAACUUGCAGUAAAAGCAGAAAAAUCUGGCGCAGACGCUUUAGAACUUAACCUGUCGUGUCCCCACGGCAUGGGAGAGUCUGGUAUGGGUCUGGCUUGUGGACAGGAUCCCAAGCUUGUUAAAGCUAUAUCACAGUGGGUGCGGAAAGCAAUAAAAAUUCCAUUCUUUGUAAAAUUGACUCCUAACAUAACUGAAAUCGUCACAAUCGCUCAGGCUGCUUAUGAAGGCGGAGCGAGUGGAGUAUCAGCUAUCAAUACAGUUUCGGGUUUGAUGACUGUCAGAGCUGAUGCUACACCUUGGCCAGGAGUAGGUAUAGAAAAGCGCACUACAUAUGGCGGGGUAUCCGGCAACGCUACUCGGCCUAUGGGACUGCGAGCCGUGUCCGCGAUCGCCAACAAGCUGCCCGGCUUCCCGAUACUCGGUAUCGGCGGUAUUGACUCAGCCGACUCAGCUCUACAGUUCAUUUUGUGCGGAGCGCCGGUUGUUCAAAUAUGCAGUGCAGUACAAAACCAGGACUUCACGGUGGUUGAAGACUAUAUUACCGGUCUUAAAGCUCUUUUAUACCUUAGAUCUAAAGGCCUAGAUGGCUGGGUUGGGCAGUCACCACCUACAUUCAAGCACCAGAAAGGAAAACCUGUUCAAACUUUAUACGACGAAAAUGGCAAGGUGCUAGCACAUUUCGGACCCUAUAAUCAAAAGCGGACAGAACUACUUCAUGCAAUCCGUGUAAAAGCUGACUUACUAGAUGGUAAUACAGUCCAAUCUCCAUUAGAAAAUGGUACAGCUAACGGAUUCCCAGAAGUGCCCAAAAUUAAAGAUGUUUUGGGCCUGGCGCUUCCACGCAUCGGAGCGUACAAAAACUUGGACAACACGAGACAAGUAGUAGCUCUUAUAGAUGAUGAUAUGUGCAUCAAUUGCGGAAAAUGCUACAUGGCUUGCGCAGAUUCGGGAUAUCAAGCAAUCGAAUUUAAUCCAAAAACACAUAUCCCACAUGUAACAGACGAUUGUACAGGUUGUACACUAUGCCUGUCUGUAUGCCCCAUCAUAGACUGCAUUUCAAUGGUGCCAAAGAAAAUCCCACAUGUUAUCAAGAGAGGCAUUCAUUAUCAAAUUCAUCCCGUUUCUCCACUCGACGCGGUGUGUCAAUAAAAGCUUCCAUAUGUAUAAUAUAAAAAUAUAUUAGCAAACAUUACAAAAA